CGUGGGGACCCGCCGGCAGCUGUGUUGGCCCUGAGCUGCUGCCACGGGCACCAUGAGGGGUCUCUGGGCCCUCGUGCUCGCGGGGCUCAUCAGUGCCUGUGAGGGGAAGGAGCUGCCACCAGCGGAAGGGGAGCUGUGCCCGCAGCUCUGGGACGAGGAUCUGGUUGGGGACAAGUACGAGAACAUAACGGGUUUUAACCUGAUUAAAAGGUUCGAGCUGCUGAAGAUCUCGUCCAUCAAGAAGGUCCGCAGCCCCCGGGGGCCGGCGGUGCUGCGGCUGGGGGCUGUGCCCCUGGUCCAGCCCACCCAGCAGGUGUUUCCUCGUGGGCUGCCCCCCACCUUCACCCUCAUCUUCACCUUGCUGCUGAAGAAAAACAGCACCGGGGAGCACUGGUACCUCUUCCAGAUCACCGACCGGCAGGGAUACCCCCAGCUCUCCCUGUCCGUGCACGGCCCCGAGAAGAGCCUGGAGUUCCAGGCCAGGGCAGCGGGGGCCGCGUUCGUCAGCGCCGUGUUCGCGGGGAAGGCCGUGGCGUCCCUGUUCGACGGGCGGUGGCACAAGGUGGUGGUGGCCGUGCAGGGCCGCGCCGUCUCCGUCCACCUCGACUGCUCCUCCAUCUCCUCCAAGCCGCUGGCACCGCGGCGGGCGCUGGCCCUGGAGGGAAACGCCUUCCUGGGGCUGGAUGCUGUGCGUGGCACCCCGGUCCGGUUUGACAUCCAGCAAGCCCAGAUCUACUGUGAUGCCGAGCUGGCCCGGCAGGAGGGGUGCUGUGAGAUCUCGGCCAGCGGGUGCCAGACAGAAGCUCCCAAGACCCGUCGGCAGGCGGAGCUGAUGCAGAGCAGCAACCUCAUCGAGAUGGUGCCACAGCCCGAGGGCCGCGUCUACACCCGCUGCUUCUGCCUGGAGGAGCCGCUGGGCACCGAGCCGGUGAGAACCUCGGGGAGGACCAGCCUGAAGGAAGAUCCCAAGGGAAAGUGCCCGCCCUGCUCGGCACAGAUGGCAUCAACAAAUGUCACACUCGGCCCCUCAGGCCCAAAGGGCACCAAGGGUGAGCGCGGCCUGCCCGGCACUGCCGGCGCCAAGGGGGACAAGGGCGACCGUGGCGCUGACUGUGUGCGCACCCACCCCGGCGGCCCCGUGCAGUGCGCUGAGGGGCCACGGGGCGAGAAGGGGCAGCGUGGAGAGGUGGGCGCCCCGGGGGCCGCCGGUGCUGACGGGCAGAAGGGCCAGAAGGGCGAGAAGGGCGAUGGGGGACUGCAGGGCAAGCCGGGGCGCCCAGGGCGUGAUGGCCGGCCCGGAGAGAUCUGCGUGGUGGGCCCCAAGGGCCAGAAGGGUGACCCUGGCCUUGUGGGACCCGAGGGGCUGGCUGGCGAGCCGGGACCCCCAGGGAAGCCGGGCUCUCCAGGGAUUGGCUUUCCAGGGAAGCCGGGUGACCCUGGUGGCCCCCCAGGUCCGAAGGGAGAGAAGGGCAGCUCGGGAGCUCCUGGACCCGGAGGAUCGCCUGGGACACCCGGUCUCCCUGGUGCCCUGGGGCCAAAAGGAGACAAGGGCGAGCCAUGUGAGGUGUGUCCUACUGUCACCGAGGGCGUGCUCGGUGCCAUUGGGGUGCCCGGCAAACCAGGACCCAGAGGAGAGCCCGGAGCACCCGGCAGGGAUGGGGUCUCGGACAGACCCGGCCCUGCAGGACCCAAAGGGGACAGGGGAGAUCGUGGCAUCCAGGGGAUGAAAGGGGAGAAGGGGGACUCGUGCCUGUCCUGCGAUGUCCGUGUCCUUGCUGCGCUGCGCCGGGGUCCUGCCGAGGGGUUUGAGGGUGAGCCGGGGCUGCCGCAGGGUGACCUGGGGCUCCCCGGGCUGGCUGGGAUCAAGGGUGACAAGGGUGACAGUGGCCAGCUGGGACCCACGGGCAGACCGGGGCUCCCGGGAGAGAAGGGUGAUCCGGGUGUGCAGGGCCUCAAAGGAGAGAAGGGCGAGCCGUGCGGGCAGUGCCCUCCCACCCCACAGGCCCUCCAAGGGGCAGCGACAGCGGUGGCUGUGCCAGGACCACCGGGAGAAAGGGGCAAGAGUGGCCCCCCGGGCAGAGCGGGCAGACCGGGUGACGCUGGACAGAAGGGGCAGAAGGGGGACGCUGGCAGCCCCGGGGACCCGGGCACGCCGGGCAUGGCCGGUGUCCCAGGGCUGUCGGGUGAGCCUGGAAUCAGGGGUCCAGCCGGCCCCAAAGGAGAGAAGGGAGACCCCUGCGAGCCCGGUGCUGCUCCACUCGGGGACCUCUCGGACGUGGUUGGCAUCCCAGGAAAACCCGGGGCCAAAGGGGACCAGGGCCCCCCUGGCAUCGGCCAGCCGGGCAGACCCGGGAAGCCGGGGCUGCCAGGGGUCCAGGGUCCUCCCGGGCUGAAGGGGCUGCAGGGUGAACCAGGACCGCGGGGGAUCGGCCAGCCGGGACCACAGGGAGACCCCGGGAGCACCGGACCCCCCGGCACACCCGGCCCCCCUGGACCCCAGGGACCUCCGGGGACAGCAGGAGACAAAGGUGCCAAGGGAUCUCCGGGGCCCAAAGGUGCCGUGGGACCUCCUGGACCACCAGGGACCAGUGUCACAGGGCCACCGGGCCCCGAAGGGCAGCGGGGGCUCCCCGGCUCUGCUGGGCAGCCGGGGGAAAAGGGUGCCCAGGGAGAGAAGGGAGACCCCGGGGAGUGUUCCUGCCCCUCCAGCCCCCGCCAGGACCCCAACUACACCGGGAUGCCAGGAGCCCCAGGGCUGUGGACUGGGAUGUCCUGGCAGCCACAGCCAGGUCCACAGAGGGCCCCCGGAGCCCCUGGUCCCCCGGCCCCCGGUGCCCCCGGUCGCCAGGGAAUGCCAGGACACAACGGUUUGCCAGGACUGCCUGGGCCUGCUGGAGACCUGGGGCCGCUGGCAGUCAUGGCUGAGAGGAACAUCGAGGUGCUGAAGACUCUCUGUGGGGACUGUGUCCAGCUCCAGGCAGCCUUGGGAGCCCCCAGGGGUGUCGAGGGAGAGAAGGGGGACGGGGGCAUGCCAGGUGCCCCCGGCAGUGAGAGCUGCGCCCGCUGCUUUGCCCAGUUCCCGAGAGAGGAGGAGGCUCGGGGUGACAGCCCUGACACCGACUGUCCCGGCCAUCCCGGGUUGCCGGGUGCCCCGGGCAUCCCCGGUGAGAGAGGCGAGCAGGGCUCACCAGGACUGCGGGGACCCCCCGGACCGCCCGGGCCCAUCGGCCCCCCAGGCUUUCCUGGAACGCCGGGCGCACCCGGACUGCCCGGUCUCCAAGGGGAACGCGGCCCUGCUGGGCUCGCCGGAGCCAAAGGGGAGCCGGGGCCUCCAGGACAGCCUGGCUACCCCGGUGCAAUGGGCCCCCCUGGCCUGCCCGGCAUCAAAGGCGAGCGAGGCUACGCGGGCCCCCCCGGGGAGAAAGGGGAGCUGGGACCCCCCGGUGUGGACGGGCCCCCCGGUCCCGCAGGGCCCGCGGGACCAAGGGGAGAGCGGGGGCUCCCGGGCAGCGCCGGCGAGAAGGGGGAUCAGGGUUUCCAGGGCCAGCCUGGCUUCCCGGGACCACCGGGUCCCCCUGGCUUCCCAGGGAAGGUUGGUCCAGCUGGGCCACCAGGGCCCAUGGCUGAGAAGGGCAGCGAGGGCAUGCGAGGCCCCACGGGGAUGCCAGGACCCCCUGGACCCCCAGGACCUCCGGGCAUCCAGGGCCCCGCUGGCUUGGAAGGCCUGGAUGGCAAGGACGGCAAGCCAGGGCUGCGGGGUGAUCCAGGCCCCCCUGGGCCACCAGGGAUGAUGGGUCCUCCGGGGUUCAAGGGGAAGACAGGACACCCAGGUCUGCCAGGACCAAAGGGUGACUGUGGCAAACCUGGUCCCCCAGGGAGCCCAGGCCGGCCGGGAGCUGAGGGUGACCCCGGGCCCAUGGGACCCCAAGGCCGGCAGGGACCCCCAGGGCUCAUCGGACCCCCUGGCAGCCCAGGACAGCCGGGUCCCGCUGGCCUCGCUGGAGUGGGGCUGAAGGGUGAGCGUGGCUCCGUGGGGGAGCGAGGUCUGCCAGGGAUGCCAGGCCAGCCGGGACCCCCGGGACACCCUGGACCACCGGGGGAGCAGGGACCAGAUGGACCCGUCGGCAAAGAGGGUCCUCCGGGAAAGCCGGGCAUUGCGGGACCGGCGGGACAGAAGGGUGAAGCUGGAUCCCCCGGUGAAAGAGGGUACCCCGGGGAGAAGGGCAGAGCUGGAAUGCCUGGGGGACCAGGAAAGAGCGGCUCCAUGGGCCUCGUGGGGCCACGGGGACCCGCGGGAGAGAGGGGACUCCCCGGCUCUCCGGGACCCGCGGGCAGCCCCGGGCUGCCGGGACCCCCGGGGAUGAUGGGAGACGUGGUGAAUUACGACGAGAUCAAGAGGUUCAUCCGGCAGGAGCUGAACAAGAUGUUUGACGAGCGGAUGGCGUACUACACAUCCCGGCUGCACUUCCCGGUGGAGAUGGUGGCGUCCCCGGGCAGACCCGGUCCCCCCGGGAAGGACGGGCUGCCCGGCCGGCCGGGACCCCCCGGUUCCCCAGGGAUGCCGGGGCAGAUCGGCAGAGAGGGGCGGCAGGGCGUGCCGGGCAUGCGGGGUGAGCCGGGAGCCAAAGGAGAGAAAGGCGAGAAGGGCGUUGGGAUGAUGGGGGACAGCGGCCCCCCAGGACCCCCAGGCCCCCAGGGACCGCCAGGCUACGGGAAGAUGGGCCCCCCGGGCCCCGUGGGGCAGCAGGGCAUCCCCGGCAUUCCGGGCCCCCCCGGUGCCACGGGGCAGCCGGGCAAGGCGGGGCACUGCAGCCCGGCGGAGUGCCUGGGAGCCGUGCCCGUGGAGCAGCCCCUCUUCCAGCCCAAGAACGUCAAGGGCCCCUUCGGCUGAGGGUCCCCGCGCUCCCCGCGCCCCCCGGCUUUGCUGUUAAUAUUGUUUCCCCGCUGUGCCGGGGCCGUGCCUGUCUCGGGGGGGCGGGAUCUGGGAUCUGGGAUUGUACAGCCCCGUCGGGAUCGCGAGGGCGGGUGGAUCCUGCCCCCGCAAAUACACCCGUGCUGGUGCCCCCGCGCCUCCCGCUCCGUGAUCGGCACAGAGGGAUCUCUGCGUGUCCUCAUCCCUGUUCCUCUGGGAUGCUGCUCUGGCCGGUCCUGAGGCCACCCCAGCUGGCGGCGUGGGCGAGCUCCC